AUGUAUUUUGCAACAUAUAUAAUUGGACAGACACCUUUUCCAGAAUUCACUGUUGUGGGAAUGGUUGAUGAUAUACAAGUAAGGUACUAUGACUCAGUGACGGAAAGAGCUGCAAGUCACUCCAACAGUGAUUCCAAACACUAUGAUGAAGAGCAAAAUGAUGACAUGGUUAUAUUUCGUGAUAUGUAUUACAACUUAAAAGAUCGAGCACAUUAUCUGAAGAGCAACCUUAAUCUCUCCGAUGGUGUACAUGUACAUCAGAGGCUUGCUGGAUGUGAACUGUUGGACAAUGACAAACCGGGUCUAAUUUACUCAUGGGAUGCGUUCAACGGGCAAAUUAAAGAGUGGGCUACCUUCGACACAGAGACAAAAAUAUUCCAGAUUAAUUUUUCAUUAAUACGUGCAUGGGACCAGCAAAAAAGGAUUUAUGUAAAUUUUCUUUACGACAAUAUUUAUCAUCCUAUUUGCCUGAAAAUGUUGAGGAGGAACUUGCACACAAAGAAAAGCAGCAUUCUGCAGAAAGUGAAACCUACAGUCAGACUCCUUAAAAAGGUGCUUACAGCAUCUCAUGAGGUUCAAAUCACAUGCUUGGUGACUGGUUUUUAUCCCCGCCACAUUAACCUGACUCUGGUCAGAGACGGACAACCUGCUGUUGGAAAAAUCAUGGGAGGUGACCUUCUGCCCAAUGGAGAUGGAACAUACCAGAUAAGGAAGAGUUUGGUGAUCAGUGUUAAGGAACUACAUGACAGACAUAAUUACUGCUGUGCAAUAAAUCACCUGAGUCUGGACAACACACUGGAUAUUAUGUUUGAUCUGGAAGAAACUGAUGUGGGAUUAUAUACUUUGUUGGUUACCUGUACCUGUUUGGCGGUGUUGAUAUGUGUGUCUCUUAUAAUAACUGCACUGAUUACACGGAAGAGGAAAAGCCAUGCUGCUGGAUCAGACUCCAGAAUGUCACUGAGUGAUUACUCCCCUACUCCAACGCAAGAUACAUGA